GUUCCCUUAGAUAUUCAAGCGCGAGGUCCCGUGGCAGUUGAAGCGUACAACCGUGCCGUUUUGGAUGGGAAGACAUCCACAAAAAGAGUACCAAUCAUGUUAAUUGGACAGGAUCGGACAGGAAAGACAAGUCUGAAAAAAUCUCUAAAGGGAGAAAAGUUUAAUGCAAAGGAACCCAGUACGGUGGGAAUAGACACUGACCCCAACUACUUUCAUAUUUCUUGUGAAGCUUGGAGAACAGGUGAGAAGAACAAUGUAACUGAACCCAUAUCAGAGGUUUUGUUUGAGCGUCCCGUUGCAAAGUAUAUAUGUGGGGAGUUAAAAAACAUUGAGAAGUUACCUGUGAGAGUACAAACAUCUCCGAGCCAACCUUUCAUGGAACCAAGCAGAACCAGCACUGAAUUAUUACUUAGUGAGUCAAAAGUAAGCGCAAAACGUUAUAGUCUUCCAUUCAAACAAAAGGUGCCAGACAGCGGAGCAUCAUCGUUAGAAACAACGCUGCAAAAUGUUGAAAGCACAAGUAGCACUGAACCACUGCUAACAGACCUAUGGGAGAGGGCCAAAAGGUUUAGUCAACCGCUCGAAGAAAAGGUACCAGAUAGCACAGCAACACUGGUCGAAACAACGCUGCAAAAUGUUGAAAGCACAAGUAGCACUGAGCAGGUGCUAACAGACGUAUGGGAAAGGGCAAAAAGUUUUAGUCAUCCGCUCGAAGAAAGGGUACCAGAUAGCAUAGCAACACUGGUCGAAAGAAUGCUGCAAGAUGAUGAAAAGGCUCAAGAAGAGAACGAAGUUUUUUCGAUUAUUUGGGAUUUUGGUGGACAGUCAGUCUACUAUGCUACCCAUCCGAUAUUCUUGACCCAGAGUGCCAUCUACAUUUUAGCUUGUGACCUAAGUCGCAACCCGUAUCAAAAAGCUGACACUGACGUCAGACAAGGGCUUUAUAAGACCCAAGAAGACUCUUGUUGCAGCAAGACAAACCUAGACUACCUUGACUUUUGGCUGUCAUCAGUCUAUUCGUUGGUCGGUCCAGAUGCUAUUGGCCAGGACACCUGUCCGUCAGAGGCCACAACUACGAGAUUGCCUCCAGUUUUUUUCGUGUGUACUCACGCCGAUGAACCCUACAAUAGUGCCACUGAUCCUAGAGGUUUGGCACUCGAUAUUUUUGGAUUUCUAAGAACCAAGCCCUACAAAAGCCAUUUGUUUAAGGACGUCUUUGUUGUCGACAACACGAAGUCAGGAAGCGAAAAUGAGUGUCCAGAAGUAGUGCGCCUAAGAGAGAAGUUACGUUCCGUUGCUCAAAGUCUUCCUCAAGCAAGGGAGGCUAUUCCAUUAAAGUGGUUAAGGUUUGAACAUAUCCUCCGGGUUUUACGUGAAAAGCGUUACAAAUGGAUGCCCAUCAAUGAAGCAAGGCAGAUUGCCACUGAUAAUUGCGGGAUCUACGACGAUGAACAGUUUAGGACGAUGCUUACCUUUAUGCACGAUCAAAAGAUUCUAAUUCAUUUCAACAAAACACCAGAAUUGAACAACAUGGUGAUUUUGGACCCCCAGUGGCUCAUUAACAUCUUCAAGGAAGUGAUCACCGUUAAGCGUUAUGAGCCGACAGAAGGCAUCGUUGAACAGUUUUUGCUUAAACUGCAGGACACUGGAAUCUUAGAUGAAAGGCUCUUGGAUCACAAGUGGAAAUCUGUGAUUGAUAUGUACAGUAAAGAAACCUGUGGGAGCCUUAUCGCGAUAAUGGAGAGAUUCAGCUUGCUCUGCCCCUGGCCAUCUGAAGGAGAACACAAACAGUACCUGGUGCCAUCCAUGUUGAUGUCGCCCCCUUCAGACGACCUCGUUGAGCUCCUUUCCUCUGUGAGAAUCCCUUCUCUUUUUGUGAGGUUUGAAUUAGGUCGAGUGCCUCCGGGCCUGUUCACACGACUAGUUCUCCAGUUGUACCAGUGGUGCAACGAAGAGUGGAAGAGCCAGAUACAACCCCAACUGUUUAGGAAUUUUGCUCGGUUCCACAUCCUUCCUGAUCAAGGGAUGUCUGUCAUCAUUUCGUGCCAUUCCUCUUCUAUUGAAAUCUCCCUUCACGAUGGAAGCGACGUUUCUGGAGCAAUGGCGGCAGAUUUCAUUGAUGAUUAUUCUAAUCUAACCACCAGUCGUGCAAUUCACUGGCAACUCAGACUGAUACUCGAGUGCAUGCGCAGCGAGUUUAGCUGGCUAAAACACAUGAAGUACGAAAUGUGCGUUUGCUGUCCAGUGUGUUCGCAGAAAGAUCCUCUCAGGUGUCGUUCUCAUGAUGUCCGUGGCUGUGAAUGUCUUCACUUGUUAUCGGAAUCCGAGCUUCAGAAAUUUCAGUACUGCACCCGACCUGGUUUUCGUGGAGAUUGCAGAAUUCGCAUCAAAAUGUUUGCACCUUGGUUUUCAUUUACAGUCAAUGAAGAAAGCAGGAAUCCAGUAGAUAAGGUUGGUAUCUGUCUUACUCAACAUUAUGUACACUUUAUACAAUUCACGAGUGUGUUCUUCUCGAAUACUACUAAAGCUACUGCAACUACUACUUCCUCAAAAUACGAAAUUAAAGCAUAAGCUAUUUCAGGAAGGGCAUGCAGAGUACAUAUAUUACCUGAUCUUUUCACUUUCAUGACUUUUAGCAAAAGAUAUCAUUAUUUAUGAUAUAAUAUAUAUACUAUAAAGCAACAACAAAUUUAAGGGUUUCCAAACUGUAUAUUCUUAAUUCUUUGAUUAUAAAUUUUUUCUCAAGCAGCAAGGUGCAUCUGGAUGUGACGUGGGAGAACUGAGAAGCUGUAUAACUUACCAAGAAGGCAAGAACACAUAGAUCAGUUGUACUUUUUAAACCCUGUGUUUUUUCUUAUCUAUUCUUUCCUUUAAUCUAGUUUAUAAUAUUAAUUGCAGUCACUUGAAGUCUUCUGUUGUAAAAUGUUUCUUUAAUUUCUAGAGAAGUCUCUUGCUCUCCCCCAUGAUGUUCUUCAGUGCAUUCAGACUCAGUCGAAAGAACCCAAGGAAAUUGUAGUUCAAUUUCAAGAGUGUCUGCAGUUAACUCUAGCAGAACUGGAAAAUCCAGAGCCUGGGACGCAAACAUGGAUUCGGCGUCUCGCUAAUGAAGCUAAAUCUCAAAACAGAAUCGACGUAAUUGAGUACUUGAGGACGAUAGCACCUGCCGGUACUACAGGUACGUCCACAACAAAAACACCAUGUAAAAAUUCCUUCUUUAUUUUAUUACCACGAGGAAAGAUACUUCCAAAUAGCAAGUGAAGUUUUUCCCGCAUCUUUCGGGAAAGAACUCGAGAGAAUACUUCUCUUUUCAACAAUAGCCACCUCAUUUUCGCCACCUUUAGACCUUCAAAAAAGUUUAUGUUGUAACUUUGUAGAUGUAGAAGUAUAUAGACAGAUUUGCAUGUACAGUUAUGGUAGUUUGUUUUAAUUCACACUAUGUUGUUUGGCAACCAGGUCCCUUAUUGAACGAGAAACUUGAUGUGCUUUGCAUUCCCUUUAAGACGAGAAAGGAACUAACAUUUAGUCUUUGUGGUAAGUUUAAUUUGUUAUUUCCUGCAAGCUUCUAACCUGUGUCCUCAGAAAUGCCAAAAUUAUGUCUCUACAAUUUUGUCAAUAUCAUGUGAAAAGAUUAUUUACUAGUUCCAGACAUUACUGUGAAACUCACAAAACCGUGAACACCAGAACAAUUCAUGGAAUGUUAUUGUGUUGCGAGAAAUAAGCCAAUGAGGCGCGAGAUAACUAAACCGCAAACAGUAACGGUAAUUAGUUUGUGGUUUUGAGGCUUGCUUGUGUAUCCUGAACUUUGUUGUGAUUAGCCAGUACACAAUGAACAUUCCUGAAAUUUUUCAGGUGUUAACGGUUUUCUGAGUCUGACAGUAAAUUAUAUCCAAUACAACAACAAAAGUUUUAUUUAGGUAUGCCCACCUAAAUUAACUAAAUUAGGGUUAGAAAACUAACUGCAUGGAAGACCAUCGCGGUUAAAGACGCAACUUAUGCAGUUGCGAUAAAAAACAGUCUGAAAAAAAAUAUCUAUUGAAGGUUACGAAAGUGCGACCACGAAGGGAAACUUUCAAAUGCGACAUUUUCUGGUGGAACAAAACAUGCCACGACAAAUUUUCCAUUAUCAUUUUAAACGUCUUCAGAUUCCUGAAGAAAUCAAUUACAGAAUGGGAGUCGUUGAACUUUUUCGAGAGCCUUUUUCGCCUUUUUGCAUUGACUGAGAGACUGAAACAGGCUUGCGUAUAUAGUCGGGACAACGGCCAUCUUUUGGCCGGUUUCGCCCAUGAACAGAUCCUCUUAUAAGACCGUCAGAAUAUUCAAACAACUCAACAUUAAUCGAUUUCGGCUCAUCAGCCGUGCGAAAAAGGAUGCAGGACCACGUCUCCUGAGAUACAGAAAUUUGUCUACCAUGGCAACGUGACGUAACGACUUCUCUCUAUUCAUUUUAAGGUGGCUCGUGAACAGCAGUUACUAACAAUGCAUUUAAAAUAUGCAGAAAUGGUACCUACAGGUGUAUUGUUGUCCACGAAAAGAUAAAACUUGGAGACAAUACCCAUGAAUAAUGAGAGGCUCUCACUUGUAAACACGAAAUUACUGACAAAAAUUUAUUCAAAUCCUUCUUUCUAGCAAUCGCCUUGAGCUAUCUCCAGGAUCUUUCACAUACGUUUUAAACAUACUGAAACUAGUAUGAGGUGAAAUUGCAUUUCAAAACUCUUCGCUUUCUACAAAUAACGGCCGAACAUCAAUAUUGUCCAUUUUUUACCGUAUUUCCAACCAUUCCAUUUCGCUUAAACUUCACAAACAUCGGGGAGUCUAUUGGAGGAAAAAGCUCCCGUGAACGAUUUUAGAAGGACAGUUCCCAGUGCCGAGAAAUUCAUGGCGUCAUUUCCUUGCUAUGUCAACUCCGGUGUCAUUGUAACCCGAUGAGAACAAAUUUUCAUCUUUAUCUAAUACAGCUGUCGUGGUAAUUUUUCCAAAUCUGUCGGUCAAUGGCGACGUAGUUUGUGUUCAAACUUGGAAGGGUUUGAUCCGGAAAAACCCUAUCGAGCCACCUUAAGUCACACUUAUUUCGCUGCCAUCGUAGUCUUGGUUACUUAAGCACCCAAUUAUGCGAAACUUACAUCUCUUUUAUCCAUAUAUAUCAAUUAUAUGUCAUCCUCAUAAAAUUAUUUUAAUCUUAGUGUUCAACAAGUUGUAAAUUAAAAUCAUAGCUCAAACUUUAAAGAAAAAGCCAGUUGUCUUCAAGAACGCAUCUGACGUCGCACAAACAUAUCAUUCCGGGUUCAAGACAGUAGGUCUUUCCUCACAAGCGCUACUGUUUCUAUAAACUUUCCGAUAAAACAGAAUCUGAAACUUUUAAAUCACUUUUGUUUGCUAGGUGGAGAAGAAUGGAAACAGCUUGCAGAGAGCUUUGGCAUGUCUUACAACGAAAUCCGCUUUCUUGAUAAGAGAACCACCAACCCGUGCGACGUUGUUCUUGAUCUUAUUGCGAAACACCGCCAUUUGAUGGUUGGGGAACUUUACGACAGACUCGUCAUGAGCGGACUUCCAGGAUCAGCCGACUUACUAUAA